AUGUCAAUCGAUAAUAAUUUAUCACCUACAAUUGAACCAAUUCGUCAAUUAUUUACAAAGAAAUUAUUACAGAAUCCUAUAAAAUAUAAAAAUAUCCAAAUAGAAGCCUAUGAAGCAUGUAUGAAAAGUAUACAAAACAUUCAAAAUCAAUAUAAUAUUGAUUUAAAUCAAUUAAAUACAUUGAAUUCAAUAAUAAUCAAUGAUAAAUCUUAUUGGAAAUGGGAAAUUAUUAAUUCAACUAUUGAAUAUAUACCAUCAUUUUAUUAUCAUCAAAAUUAUGAUCGAUCUAAUAAAACAAUAAAUCAUCAUAAUAAUAAUCAAUUCAAUAAUCAAUAUUCUAUUAAACAUUCAAUGACGAUUCCAUCAACUCCAUGCAAAAAAUCAAAUCAUAAUACGAUCGAUAAUAAUGGAAUAUGUAUUAAAGAUCAAUUCACUUGUAAACAUUCUAUUCCAUUGAAUAAUGAAAUUAAACAUAAAACUUUACUUAAUAAUCAAUCAUGUAAUCUAUUUACACUAUGGCAACCAAAAAUAAAACGUGAAAAUUACAUUCAUUUAAAUAAUGAUCAAUUAACAAAUAAAUUAAAAAAUCAAUCAUCUUUCAUAAAUUAUCGAUCUAAAAGUUUAGAUCAUUAUUCAAAUCAUUUAAUACAAUCAAAUCAAUUAAAUCAAUAUCAUAAAACGAAAAUAAAAAAUCAAUUUUCUUCAUGUAUUGAUCUUUAUCAAAUGAAUAAUAAACAAACAAAAAAUCAAUAUGAAACCAUUGAUUCUCUAUCGAAAGAAAUCAAUAGAAAAUCAAAAAGUGAACAUAUGAUUAAAAAAUCUAAGCAAAAAAUAAUCAAUAAUCAUUUAUUGAUUACAUGA